GAUGCUGAACAGCGCCACUGGGCUACUGAAGCCUCAGAAAAAAAGACCUGCAGAUUUUGUGAGCUCAGGGCAAAAAACAAAAACUGGAUGGUGAGGGGAAUCGAGUGAUGACGAAGAACAGGAACAUGUGAUGGUGUGAGAGUUCAGACGGUGGUGGAAACUUUCAUCAGAGGAUUUGUGAAGCUAAGGAGGAAGGGAGGACGUACAUAAAAGACAACCACACCAACUCACUGUCUCUGAUCAUUCAAUCGUCAAACAUCACAGGAGGUUAAAUAAUGGACCUGCCUCUGACCCUACAUGUGCUCCUACUUCUCUGUUUUCUCAACACUUCUGCUUGGACAUGUCCAGAUGGGUGUAAAUGUCAAGGAACCAAAAUCAUCUGCAUUGGCCUCUCUGACUUCCCUACAACUGUACCCUCUGCUACCAACGCCCUCUACUUCUCCAAUUGCAGUAUCAACUUCCUGAAACCAGAGGACCUGACUGAUUUCUCUAAUUCCCUUAGCACAUUUGUUAUUAAAGACACUGUUUUGAGGGAAGUGCGCACUGGUACAUUUGAUAAUACUCCGAACCUAGUUGCCCUACUCUUUAGUACCACCGAACUGAAUGAUCUCCCUGAGGCCUUGUUCCAAAAUCUUCAGAAGCUCGAGAAUCUGAAUCUGAAGAGCAACAAGCUCUCUGUACUCCGCCCUAACUGGUUUUCUACGUUGGCAGAGCUGAAAGUCCUUGACCUCAGUAAGAACCUUUACACAUCUGUACCUGUGGAAACAUUUCAUCCUCUUACUGAGCUGCAGUACCUUUUGCUUUCUGGAAACAAUAUCAGUCAAUUACAGAGAGAGACUUUCAAGGGUCUUUCUAAGCUUAAAACCUUACGGCUUAACAAAAACUUGCUACAGGAACUCCCCCUUGGCAGUUUGGAUGACCUUAAAGACCUGGAGGAACUAUCUCUACAUGACAAUCUAAUUACUCAUAUCCACCACGACCUGUUCUCCAAGACUUUGAAACUCCGGAAACUGUUCCUCUCCCACAACAGGCUCACAUCUCUUCCACAAGGGAUCUUCUUAAACCUGCCCCUCCUUUCCCAGAUCUCCCUGUAUGAAAAUCAACUAGAGAGUCUGGGACCAGGAGUGUUUGGGCCCAUGGCCCUCAAGGAGUUGUGGCUGUAUGACAACAAGCUGAGCCGUUUGGAGGAUGACACAUUCAGGAACUUGACUCAGUUGCAUCUCCUGGUAAUCAGUCGCAACCAGAUCAGCUCUGUAUCCAAAAGGGCCUUUGGAGGGUUGGAGCAGCUGGGAGAGGUAUCCCUUCACACCAAUCUGCUCACAACUCUGCAAGCUGGGACUUUCCAAGGUCUGCCCAGUCUGGUCAACAUUUCCUUGGAGCACAAUGACAUCAGCUCCCUCCCUCUGGGUUUUCUCCAGGGCCUGAGCAACCUGGGACAGAUAGACCUGCGAAAUAACUCCCUUCCUAACCUGCCACAGGAGAUUCUAGAUGCCCUUACUGCAGCAAAGGAAGUUCUCCUGCAGCAGAACCCCUGGAGGUGUGACCAGGAUAUUUUGCCACUUAGAGACUGGAUGUUACAGCACCCAUCCAAGGCCAACCAAACUCUUGUGGUCUGUGAAACACCUUUCAGUCGGAACGGUGAGGUAAUUGCUCUGCUGGCAGAUGAGAACUUCCUGCCUCUCAGCUCUACAGAGCAGCCUGUGUUGACCUCAACAGAGAAGAGGAGGAAACCACACACUCCUCCAACUAGACGAAGCACUUCCUCUCCUACUGUCAAGAUUACCCCCACCUCAGAGCACGAGGAGGUCAUAAGCGGUGGACAAGGGGAGAAGGAAACAGUUUCAAAUGAUACUUCUGUCAUUCUCAUCGUCAUCGCAGUAGUGGCCACCGUCAUCAUCAGCACUGUGAUCAUCAGCUGUUUGUGCUGGAAGCGAAACAAGAGAGGCAGGGGAAAUAUAGCCGGCAGAAAUAAGAACUCUGUGCUGAUAAGCAUGUCAAGAGGAGAAAUCAUUGUUCUUUGCCUGUUAUUACUGUUUGAGUCUUCAUUGUCUCAAAACCUACCAUGUGAAAAGGAGACAGACUGCCUCAAAGAAAACCAGGAUGUUUUCAGUAAAUCUGUGACGGAAAUCCCACGCUCCCUGAGACAAGGUGUGACGGAGGUUUUCUUUGUGGGUAGCCAGAUUAAAACAAUCCCCAAAGCAGCCUUUGUUGCAAACCCACAGCUCAUAAAAGUGGAGUUCAUGAACACCAACACAACAUCUAUUGAGCCAGGAGCUUUUGAAGGUUUGGUAAACCUCAAGUACAUUGAGAUCUCCAGCACUCCAUUAACGCUGAUCCCAGUGGGAGUCUUUAAAGACCUCAGCAACCUGGAGAAGGUUGUACUAAAGUUUAACAAGUUCCGUAGUCUGCAGAAAGGCUUGUUUGAUGGCCUUGACAAAUUAAAAGAGCUUGUGUUAUAUACAAAUGAGAUUGAAUCAAUUGAAGACGGGACCUUUGAUGAUCUCAAGAACCUUUUAGUGCUCCAUUUAGCUAAAAACAAUCUCUCCGCUGUAUCUUCAGACUGGUUCUCAAACUUAAAAAAGCUGCAGACACUACGGCUUUACGAGAAUCAACUGACCACCAUUCCUGAUGAGAUUUUUCAGAAUUUGCCAAACUUGAAGGAAAUUGGCUUGCAAGGAAACCAAAUAACAGAAUUGUCACCUAAUCUAUUUCCCCAUAAAGACAAGCUAAGUAAGCUGCUUUUGGAUGGUAACCUUCUGACUGGUUUACCUCAAGGAUUCUUCGUUGGCUUCCCUCAGCUCAAAACGCUGACCCUACAAAAAAAUAAACUGACUAGUCUACCAGCUGUGCUCUUUGGAGAAAUGCCUAAAUUGACAGAAUUAAGCCUCAGUCAAAACGAUCUCAGCACUCUUCCUAAAGAAAUAUUCAGUCCUCUGAAGAAACUCAAGAAGUUAGAUCUGUCUAAAAAUCACUUUGUCACCUUGUAUGCUGAGUACUUUGAAGGCCCUGAGAAGCUAAUAGAGCUGAAUCUACUGAACAACAAGAUAAAGUUGCUGGACGCAGAUGUGUUCGAAAAGCUACAAUCACUGAGCACACUCAAGCUAGCUCACAACAACCUCCAGACGCUUCCUGAGGACAUUUUUCAGCCUUUAACGAACCUGAAAAAACUUCACCUCAAUGACAACCCUUGGCGCUGUGACUGUAAUCUGAUACAUCUUCAUCUCUGGAUGAAGGCAAACUCUGACAAGAUUGUGUCUCCUACUGUCUGUGAGUAUCCAGAAGCUCUAAAAGGGCAGGAAAUCAAAUCAUUAACAGAGGAUCAAUUUAUCUGCCCCACUCUUCACCCCACAACCACAACUCCCACAACUACAGAACCAACAACCACCACCCUUAUUACUACAACACCACUUCCUACAACACCAACCACCACAACCCCAACAACCAACACACCCAUUACUACACUCCCAACCACAGAACUAACUACCACCAUCCUUACUACCAUAACACCAACAACCACUUUGCUAACUACAACCACCCCUGUCUCCACCACACCACUAGCCACAACCACAACAAUACCAACUACUGUUCUGCAAACAACCACUAUAACAACAACCACACCUACAACCACUAUAACAACAACCACACCCACAACCACUAUAACAACAACCACACCAACGACAACCACACCCACAACUACUCUAACAACAACUAAACCAACAACAACCACACCCACAACUACUCUAACAACAACCACACCCACAACUAUUCUAACAACAACCACAUCCACAACUACUCUAACAACACCCACAACUACUCUAACAACAACUAAACCAACAACAACCACACCCACAACUAUUCUAACAACAACCACACCCACAACUACUCUAACAACACCCACAACUACUCUAACAACAACCGCACCCACAACAACUGCACCAACAACCACCAUGACCACAACUACACCUUCAACAACUAUACCUUAUACAACUAUGCCCACAACCACCAGACUCAUGACUACCCAACCAACCACUCCCCAAACAACGACGGCUCCUCCACAAACUACUCCAGUGAUCUUUACCUGUCCCAUGGAGCCGGUCACUCAGGAGCCAUCGCCUUCCUUCACGUAUCAGUAUAGAGACCAAGUUCAGGGGUGCAAAUCUCAGAUGACGAUCUACACCGUGCUGCUGCUGGUAGAGAUCACCUGCACACUGGCGCUGGCUAAGUUCACCCUGUCUCUUUACCGCCUGCUGCAGCGCAGGGAGAGGAUUUACCAGAGGGUCAAACUCACACGCUUCUCCUACAGGAAAGAGGUCAUCCUUAGGCCUCUAAGAGAGGCAGAGACUGAAGGACUUUAAACAACAACAGCACUUUAGCAGCCAUUUGAUCUUCCAAAGCAUCCCUAGGUAAGAUGUUAAACCCCAUUUGCUUGUAUAAAAGCUAACAUGUAAUAUUAGCGGCUAUAAUCAAUAUUCUUAUCUUAACAAUGUAUCAAAUACUUAUGUGACUAUAAAAAGGGGUCGCUUGUAGCGAUGAAUCUAGAGAAUAUCACCUCUAUUUGCAGCUAUACCCUCAGCAUUAUGGAGCUUUAUAGCGAGUUUCUCUCAUUGUUUAGCUGUCCAACAGGAAUAAAUACAUACGUAUAAGAUCUGAAAUUGUAAAUGUUGAUGGAUCUAUACAGGGACUACAACUCUUCUUUAACCUGCAUGAACUGAUUUUCUGGCUAACUGUGGGCAGUAGAAAUGAGCUGUGAGCACAUUGACAUAUUAUCACCUUAAGAAUGACGAUGCAAACUUGUCAGCAAACAGUUGCCUAUUUACACAUCCAGCAGAUACAGAGGAAGAAUGUCAUUUAUUUGGAGAUUGUGAACACCUGAUGAAUAUAAGACCAAUAUUUA